AUGGGUAAUUCUUGCAAAUAAAAGAAAGAUACUGAAUAAGAAGACACUUAAUAAUUGCAAAUAAUCACUUUAGAAAAUGGAAUUCAAAGAAUAAAUACAACAAUCUAAGCAGAUAGUCAGCAAUUAAAACUAAAUAAAGAAUCUCCAUAAGAUGGUGUCUAAAUAUCAAAUAUUCAAGUUAUAAUGAUUAAGCCAAGAAAUGAAGAAGAAGGUGCUUUAAUUUUGAGAGAUUUAAUAUAGUUUGGAAAUAAAAUAAUUGUAAUCCCUAAAGUGAAUGAGGAUAGUCCAAAUACUAGUGCAAAGUCAUUAUCAAAGAAAGGAAUAUUAAAAAACAAAGGAUCUUAAUUGACAAAAUUUUCUCUACAUUCUUGUACUUAGUAGAAAAGGGAUAGAUUUCAAAUGUUUGAAAAUAAAUGA